AUGUCCAAUAAUCACAACACCCCCUCUAACCCUAAACCUCCACCCAACUUCCCAAACCCUCCAAACAACCACCACCCCCAAAUGGGUGUUGCUGGAAAUUAUCAAAAUCAAAACUUGAUGCAACAACCCUUUAUGCCAAACAUGCAACAACCACGACCCCCUUUUAUGAAUCCCCCAAAUCAGUUACACAUGCCUCAUAUGGGUGGUUUUGGUUUUGGUCCUCAAAAUAAUGGAACUUUCAAUCCAAUGUUUCCUGUUCAUGGACAAGGACAAGGACAACCACCUCAAAUGAAUUUGUCUCAAAUUCAAGGACAAAUUUUAGCUCAGAAUAUUGUGAAUUUGCUUCAGCAACCUAAUAUGAACAUGAAUAUGAGUAUGCCAAAUGCUGGUCAAUUUUCUGCACCAUAUCCAAUGCAGAAUAUGAAUCAACAACAGUUACCUAUGCAAAUGCAGAGACAAAACCCUUCUCAACCUGUUCCAUAUGGUAUGCAUCCUGGUCAACAACAACCUAUGUUUGGGUUUCCUCCUAACCAAGUGCCUCCUCGUCCUAUGGUUCCUCAAAAUCCAAUGUUUUCUGGAAAUUCUCAGUUUGGUGCUGUGCCUGGAAAUCAAGUAAGGCCACAGAUUGGCCCAAAUCCGGCAGCUGGGAACUCGAAUGGUUUUGUAUCAGGUCCUUUUCCAUCUCAGCCGUUACAAGGGAAUAGUUCUGUGCCACAUAAUACAAACAAUGCCCAAAGUUCUGCAUUUAGGAAUUCACAUUCACAGGAAAAUCCUAAUAGCAAUAUCAACACUAAUUUUGCAAACUCUAACUGGAAAGGAUCGCCAAACAAGAACUUCAAGAACAAACAGAAUAGAGGGGGAUCUCAAGGAGGGUUCCAGAAGUCUAAAUUUCGUGAUAACAACAAUAAAGGAAACAUGAGAGCAGGGUUUCAAAAAGAUCGUGAGGAUAGAGGUCCCAACAAUGAGAAAGCAGGAACUUUUGGUUUAAAUUCUGAGGAACAUCAGCAACAACCAAAAAGAUCGUAUUCUGUGAUUUAUUCUGAGCAAGAAAUUCUACAAUGGCGUGACACACGGAGGAAGAAUCACCCUUCCAGAGGAAAAAUUGAGAAGAAGCAGAGUGAACAACCGAAAAACUCCAAGUGCAUUGAUAGAGAGGUUUUACAAAGAGAGCUCAAAGAGGUUUUAGCAAAGCAAGCUGAGUUGGGAAUUGAAGUUGCCGAGAUACCUUCGUACUAUCUGAAGAAUGCUGCAAAUCAAGGCAUUCAGAGUGAAGAGAAGGAAACCACAUUUACCGACAAAAGAAAAUUCAAAAACAAGUCAAGAAGGAAUCAAAACAAAAGACGUUGGAACAGCAAGAAGCAGAAGCUGGCUGACACAGAUUUUUUAAAAAAUAAGAAGAAGCCAACUUUAUUACAGAAACUCUUGAGUGCAGAUAUAAAGAGGGAUCAAAGCUACCUGUUUCAGGUUUUCAGGUUCAUGACGGCGAAUUCGUUCUUGAAAGAUUAUCCUGAUAAGCCUCUGGUAUAUCCACCAGUUUUGGUAAAAGAAAUGGGGUAUGAAGUUUAUGAUGGGAAAAAACAUUUGCAUGGUGGAAAAGAUGCUGUUGAAGAUGAUGGUGCCAAGGGAAUAGUUGAAAGAUUCGAAGAAAGUAAUGAUGAUGAUGGUGAUAAUGGAGAUGGAAUGGUUGAGUUUGAGGAAGAGGAGGGGGAAAUUGUAGAGUAA